UUGGUUCUAGCGCAGUAGCAGAUUUAGCACUAACGCACUUGUAGUACAGAGGACACUUGAAUUUCUCGCGAUAGCUGAGGCGGCAUCAGAUUGGCCACGCAUGCGUGGGUGCACUGUACAUGAACACGGGUACAGUACGGAUGGCUCGGAUUCUUUUGCUACAUUAUGACAUUUAUCAGUGUAUUUGGUGCUCGUAGAGGUUUGCUGCUAGUCAAACUGACUUCUUGUUUUGCAUUGCUGCUGGUAGGCAUUGCGCUUUUUCGUUUUAUUUAUUAUACUGGAACGAACAAUAUCAGCGUCGUUUAUCGGAGGUUGACAGUCAAGGGCGUUGCGGUGUCGUUGCCAAUGCCGGCUGCAUCACGUGGAGGAUGGGACGCUGAAGCGAAUGCUCCGAAGCAUCGCUUUGUCGAUAGAGGAGGGUUGCGUGCGAAGCUGCUGUGUGGAUUGUCUAGGGCAUGUGGGCCGGAUGAAAUGGCAGUUCGCGUUGUGUCUGGACCUGACACGGAUUCCGCUUCUGUUUGUGUCAAUGGCGACGAGGCAAUAAAAUCAAGUAAAUCACGAAGAGGAAUGAAUGUUGUUGUUGUACAUGGUGCUUCUAAGAAAAUUGUGGAGUCCAUGAGUUUUGAUACUUACAGUCAUGAUGGCACUGAAUUGGCUGAAUUUCUUGGUGGAAUUAAUGAUGGGCGUAUAGUUAUUAUGGCUACUGCAGAUGAUGCAGCAUUCAGGUUAGGGGAUCGAGCUCGAGCGGCUAUCAGAGCAUUAGGAAGUGCAAAAAUUGACUCUCUAAACUUUCGUGGCAGUUGGGUAUUUGUUGGCCAAAAGGGCAUGAAAGGAACUACUGUAUAUGAGGAGGUGGAUCCAGCAGAGCUGGGUUUGUGGUCCAAUGGUGUGGAGUUUGCUGGCUGUGUACCUAUCAAAGUUGAUGCUGGACAGAUAGGCUAUGCUGCUCAUCGUUCUUUCUGCCGGCAGUUUGAAGGAUAUGGUUCGUUUUGCUCAGUGGAUUGGAUAUCAAAGUCUCUGGCACCAGCACCUCCUGAUAGAACACGAUCGCUAUUUUCUCAUACUCUUCCUAUAGCAAUAAUGGCAUCAUCAAGUAGGGGCAGAUAUUUGGUACAGUGUUUGCAAUCAUUGAUGUCACUACCCGGAGUCAACAAGACACUAAUUACAGUCUUUCUUGAUGGCUACACAGUUGAAGCUCAGAAAGUCGUCAAUCUAUUUGGACUUCGUUCAGUGAUGUUUCCGAAAACCAUAAGCACUUCAUCAAUGGAGCAGAUCUUCAAGAAUGCCGAUAUAAUAGCAGCUCACUACUAUCGAUCUCUUGAUAAAGUCUGGGAGCUGUAUCCACGUAAAGAACAUGUAAUUGUACUGGAAGAGGACUUGAUCGUUGCACCCGACUUUCUCAAUUAUUUCCACUAUCUCUUGCCUUUACUGACGACUGAUAAGAAGCUGUUGACCAUCUCAGCUUGGAAUGACAAUGGUUAUCUUCACUCCUCAUCGAAUAACACGUUGCUAUACAGAUCAGAGUUCUUUCCAGGAUUGGGUUGGAUAUUAAGUCAUUCACUGUGGAAAGAGUUAAAGGGCAAAUGGCCUCCAUGUUGCUACGGUUGGAGUUGGGAUCUUUGGUUACGUGAGCCUGCUCAACGUAAAAAUCGAGACUCAAUAUAUCCCGAUGUUUCCAGAACUUACCACAUUGGACGUAACGGACUCAAUGUGAAUGGCUACUAUUUUGACCAUUACUUCAGAGACAAGGCAUUAAACAAAGAUCCUGUUGCUCAACUGCCUGCCAUUGACUCCAUGCUACCUUCUGCAUAUGAUGGCAACCUCAAUAGGCUGUUGUCAUCUGGCAAACUUCUCUCACAUGCUUCUGACACGAAUCCGUGUCAAAGGAGCUACAUUCCUUGGUCACGAGGUGCAGUGUUUGUCUUGUAUUACCAUCAAGACAAGGAUGACGAUGUCAAACAUAUUCAGAAGAUUUGUAAGUGUCUCAGGCUGUGGGAUUUGGGAGUUCGAGGUCUUUACAAAGGAGUUUUAAGAUUUCACUACAAAGGUAGCCAUAUAUUGGCCGUGGGGUCACUGUCACCAUUUGCUCGAGAUCAUAUGCCAUCAAGCAUUCAUCCAUUGCGACUGAUUGUAUAAGCAGCCUGAUUGCGACUUUAAUUUUUACCGUUAUUUAGUACCAGAAUGUAAAUUUUCAUUGACUUGUAAGUUAAGUUAAAUCUGCUUCUGUUUUGGAGCUUGUAAACACUUAGUUUUUACAGAGAGAUUUGGCAGAGCUUUCUUCAAGACUUUAAUUGUAUAUGAGUAUUUAAGUGAUACAACUUGAAUGUGGCAGCAUUAACUAAU